CGGUUCCGACGCGUCAGUCUCCGACGACUCUGUUGGUGGCUUUGGGCUGGUGAGGGUGGUUCAGGUUACGGCAAGUGUUCUGUGCGGUGCGUUAGCUGAACAACAGCUUCGGUUCGGUACCCAAACGUGUCGUAAAUAUUGAAUCAUAAAGCUAGGCAGAAGCUAACUAUUAACUAAGCUCACAAACUAGAGCCAACUAGCUAACUAGCUAAGCUAACUAACUAGCUAGAGAAGCUUACUACGACCCUAGAAAAGUCAGUGAUAUACACACGAUUAGCGGUAAUUAGUUACAAGCUCGGCAAACCAGCAAAAUCGAGGAUCAGCCGCUUAUCGAGAAGGCAAGCGGACCGGCGGAUCAGCUCAUCAGAAAAAACUGAGAGCUCAGCGGAUCAAAGGGAUUAGCAGGAUCAGCGCACGAGAACAGCCCGACUCGGCCUGUCAGAAUUCGGAGAGCCAUCAUGCCGCGGGAAUGUAUCUCCAUCCACAUUGGCCAGGCCGGUGUACAGAUGGGUAACGGAUGCUGGGAGCUUUACUGCAUGGAGCACGGGAUCCGGCCCGACGGAUUCCUGCACGAGGAUGCAGCGCCCGGUAUGAACGGCGGAGGUCGCACCACAGACAGCGGCGACUCGAUCAACGAUGACACCUUCUCCACCUUCUUCAGCGAGACGUCGAACGGCAAGCACGUGCCGCGAGCCAUCAUGGUCGACCUCGAGCCCACUGUUGUUGACUCAAUCCGCACGGGCCCAUACCGUCAGCUGUUUCACCCUGAACAGCUGAUUUCCGGACGAGAGGACGCGGCCAAUAACUACGCCAGAGGUCACUACACCGUCGGCAAGGAGGUCAUCGAUAUCUGCAUGGACCGCAUCCGGAAACUGUCCGAAAACUGCGUGGGACUCCAGGGUUUCCUGGUGUUCCACUCGUUCGGCGGCGGCACCGGCUCCGGCUUCACCUCGCUGCUGAUGGAGCGUCUCAGCGUCGACUACGGCAAGAAGUCCAAACUGCAGUUCACUGUCUACCCGGCGCCGCAGGUAUCCACGGCUGUUGUGGAGCCGUACAACUCCAUCCUGACGACCCACACCACCAUGGAGCACUCGGACUGCGCCUUCAUGGUCGACAACGAGGCCAUCUACGACAUCUGCCGGCGCAACCUCAGCAUCGCCAGACCCUCGUACACCAACCUCAACCGCCUGAUCGGCCAGAUCGUCUCCUCCAUCACGGCCUCGCUGCGUUUUGAUGGAGCCCUGAACGUGGACCUGACAGAGUUCCAGACCAACCUGGUGCCGUACCCGCGUAUCCACUUCCCGUUGGUGACGUAUGCACCAGUGUUGUCCUCAGAUCGGGCUAAACACGAGCAGCUCUCAGUUGCUGAGAUCACCAACGCCUGCUUCGAGCCGGCCAACCAGAUGGUCAAGUGUGACCCACGUAAGGGCAAGUACAUGGCCUGCUGCCUGCUGUACCGCGGUGAUGUCGUCCCCAAGGACGUCAACUCUGCCAUUGCCACCAUCAAGACCAAGAGGACCAUCCAGUUCGUCGACUGGUGUCCCACCGGCUUCAAGGUGGGCAUCAAUUACCAGCCGCCGACCGUGGUGCCCGGCGGUGACCUGGCCAAGGUCAACAGAGCCGUCUGCAUGCUGUCCAACACCACUGCCAUUGUAGAGGCCUGGGCGCGACUCAACCACAAGUUCGAUCUAAUGUAUGCCAAACGCGCCUUCGUCCAUUGGUACGUCGGUGAGGGUAUGGAAGAGGGCGAGUUCGCCGAGGCACGUGAGGACCUGGCUGCUCUGGAGAAGGACUACGAAGAGGUCGGCCUGGACAGCCCGGAGGGGUCUAUCGACGGGGAGGUCUACUAGAGCCGUGUGUGACGUCAUUGCUUGCUUCACGACAUUGCAAUUUGCAAGCCACCAGAUGACAUCACAGGGGGAACAGCGCGGCUAGACGGGCUAGCCGUAGCUGACGAAGGAAGCGUGUAACAACACACCAGAUCAAAUACUGCUUAACUCCUAUAUCCAGAUGUGGACCAGGGCUUUAGAAGACACCCUAGUGGAUCAACGAAAGGAGGCUGUGUACUUUUUUUAGGAAAAGCUUUAAUCGCUUUGGUUAUUGGUAUACAUCGAAUAGUAUCUGUCUUUGUCUUCCAGAUAUUUCUAUACGAGUUACUAUGUGAUGCUUUAUCUAUAUUCGUCAUAUUUUACGCAAGGCUUUACCUAGAAACGUCUUCUUUGCCGUACAGUGAUGAGUGAGACAGGGGUUUAUGUUUAGGAGUUAUCUGUGUGUUCAGGAGUGCUGCAAUGCGUGUGUGAGGGUUGCGAGUAUGUAGUCGGCGCUUGGUAUUUGUGCUGAACUUUGACCCAAUAUCUAGCGGACACAACACAGCUAUAGAUAAAAUCGCACGAUGCUUUGCAUGUUUGCUGUGCACAUAUUUUAAACCUGAAUAAUUUUCACAAUUAUACCCCCUCGCAUGCAGCUAAAUGUAAGGCAUCAAGAAAUGUCUGAAAUAAACGAGGCCAGCCCUGUUCGAUGAUGACGUAACGCGAUCAUCGGCUGCUGAUUGGUCGACGCGGGCGGUGGCGCCCGCUGAUUGGCUGCUACUGGGGGAAGACGCACGCUGAUUGGUUGUUGCGUAAAUAGACUUUCGUUGAUUGGUCUACGGGCCAGACAGACUUGUGCACCGGUGUGGGUUCGGGAUUUUUUUCGUCCUCUAUUGGGAAUUUACACAUUAUGCUGUUUACAACACUGGAAAUACACGACAACGCGGUAUAAA